UUCUGCUCUUCUCCACCAAAGCUCGCUUUUCCUUCCUCGCUUUUCAAACUGCUGUGUUCGUCUGCUGCUUUCCUCCAGCCUCUCCCCCCCUCCCUACUUUCCUGCCCCUCUCUAUUUAUGAAAACGUCACUUCAAGUCCCUCCCUGUUUGAAUCUCAUUAGUUUCUUGUGUGUUUCUCCCUGUCAAUAAUCCCGAAUCCAGACUCUCUCUAUUUCCAUCCCUCUCUAGCUGUCAAUCAGCGCCGCCUUUGAACUGAAAACCACUCCGACCAACUUCAACUCACUCAAUCCGAGCGCCUCGGCUCCGUCUACGGCUUCUUUUUCUGCCAAGAUUCCCCUUUUUUUUAGUUUUGUACUAAUCGCCAGUCCUUGGGAAACACCAGGGCAGACCCUAAACUCGAGCUCGGAUUCGGGAUCACAGAGAUCAAGGGUUUAAAACUUUGUGUUUUGGCCCCCCAACACUGCUCGGGAGAAAAUGCCGCAGCUGAACGGCGGUGGAGGGGACGAUCUGGGUGCGAACGAUGAAAUGAUUUCCUUCAAAGACGAAGGAGAACAGGAGGAGAAAAUUUCAGAGAACUCCUCUGCAGAAAGGGAUUUAGCAGAUGUCAAAUCUUCGCUCGUAAACGAGUCAGAAACGAAUCAAAACAGCUCUUCGGAUUCAGAGGCGGAAAGACGGCCUCCGCCUAGAGCCGAAACUUUCAGAGACAAAACAAGAGAAAGUUUAGAGGAGGCUGCGAAAAGGCAAGAUGGAGGGCUGUUCAAGAGCCCCCCGUACCCGGGCUAUCCAUUUAUAAUGAUCCCCGACCUGACCAGCCCCUACCUCUCCAACGGAUCCCUCUCACCGACGGCGCGCACAUAUCUACAGAUGAAAUGGCCACUGCUAGAUGUUCAAGCAGGAAGUCUUCAAAGUAGACAAGCACUUAAAGAUGCCAGGUCCCCUUCUCCAGCACACAUCGUUUCUAAUAAGGUCCCGGUGGUACAGCACCCUCACCAUGUGCACCCGCUUACGCCUCUGAUCACCUACAGCAAUGAACACUUCACGCCAGGGAACCCGCCUCCACACCUGCAGACAGACGUGGACCCCAAAACAGGAAUCCCUAGGCCUCCACAUCCUCCAGAUAUAUCUCCAUACUACCCUCUGUCUCCUGGCACUGUAGGCCAGAUCCCCCAUCCGCUAGGAUGGUUAGUACCACAGCAAGGUCAACCGGUUUACCCAAUCACAACGGGAGGUUUUAGACACCCCUACCCAACUGCCCUCACUGUCAACGCAUCCAUGUCAAGUCUUCUCUCCUCCAGAUUCCCUCCCCACAUGGUGCCCCCACACCACAGUUUGCACACCACGGGCAUCCCGCACCCUGCCAUAGUCACGCCCAACGUCAAACAGGAGUCCUCCCACAGCGACAUCAGCACGCUCAACAGCUCGAAACAUCAGGACCAGAAAAAGGAGGAUGAAAAGAAGAAGCCGCACAUAAAGAAGCCUCUGAACGCAUUCAUGUUGUACAUGAAGGAGAUGAGGGCCAAAGUAGUGGCAGAAUGCACGCUGAAAGAGAGCGCAGCUAUCAAUCAAAUCCUGGGCCGAAGGUGGCAUGCCCUGUCUCGAGAGGAGCAGGCCAAAUACUACGAGUUGGCCAGGAAAGAACGACAGCUACACAUGCAGCUCUACCCCGGCUGGUCAGCACGAGACAACUAUGCUGCUAACCAACAGGGGAAAAAGAAGAAGAGAAAAAGGGAAAAGCAGCAGGCAGAUGGCAAUGAACACAGAGAAUAUUUUCCAAAUCCUUGCCUUUCACUCCCUCCGAUUACAGAUGCAAAUACCCCUAAGAAGUGCCGUGCCUUGUUCGGGCUUGACCAACUCAGUUUAUGGUGCAAACCCUGCAGGAGAAAAAAGAAGUGCAUUCGCUACAUUCAAGGUGAAGGCAGCUGUGUCAGUCCUCCCUCUUCGGAUGGAAGCUUACUAGAGUCGCCCCCAUCCUCCCCCUCCAUGGUCCCCAAUUCUCCGCCCUCGAAAGAGUCCAAACCACAGACUGAACAAAUGCAACCUCUUUCACUGACUAUGAAACCGGGCCCCCUGGUCUCAUCCUCACACCACCAACACCACCACCUGUCCAUGGCCCCGCCUCCGCCCUUAGCUCUGCUGGACAACUCAGGGGCAGGCAAAACCCCCGGCCCCGCCCACAAUGGCUCCUUGGACCCUUCAGACGUGUCAUCGUCUCGCCCCUCAGGCUCCGCCUCCUCCCAGCCUGCAUCGGCGUGUCAUUCCCAUUCUCUGUUGCCCAGCUCUGCCCCAACGCAACCGCUUUCGCUCGUAACCAAGUCAAUAGACUAGGCUAAACUAACUCCGAUUUACCAGCUUUCAACUCCUCCCUUCUGUCUGCUGACACUUAUGUUCUUUUCCUCUUUUUUUGUUUCAUUUUUCUGUCACAUAUGGCUUUGGAAAUUAGUUAAUUCUUUUAUCAAAGUUCAUUGGUCAAUAUUUGACCUGUCAUUAUCUAAAAUAAAUGGAACUAUUAUAAUAAUAAUAUUGAUGAUAAAGUAAAAUGAGUUGUAGAAUAUAGCUAUAUAAGUCUGCCAAAAUGUAAGACUUUUUCCUUUUUUUUUUUUUUUUUUUUUUUUUACUGUACAACAGAAAAAAAAGAAUACCUGUUAUGUAAAUUGACAUAGACUUGUUAAAA